AUGAUCAGAGAAUGGGAAAAUGUCUAUCAGAAGAUUGGAAAGCAAAGGGCUAGAAGUCCAAGGUCCCAAGAAAGGAAGACGGUAGAGGGGAAGUCAAAUAAGAAGAAUGAAAAAACAGUUGGAAUAUUUAACACCAGCUCUUCCUUUCAUGGUGAAGACUCCCUGUAUUGCAAAGAGGAUCUAUCUUCUGUAUUCCCAUUGGGGAUAUGGACCAAACUCUGCACAUCAGACCCUCGCAUUGCCCUCGGGAAAUACUCUCCCUUGGAAAAGGAGAUCCUACGUCUAGGUGGCGUUCACACCACAGCAGCAAGAAGGCUUUUGGCUUACAGACAAGAGGAGGAACGGAAAAUGCUCAGGAAACUGCAGUUGCUGUCUCCAGACUAUAAACGGGCAAUGGAAUAUAAAAACCAAUAUUCCUCUGUGUGUACUCCUUGCGGAACCCAAGAAAAAAUAUGGACAGCGAAGGUGAUUCUGCCCCGAGAGGAGUUUAAAAUGCCACAGCGAGAGAAGACGAACAUCCUCAAGCACGUAGAGCGCAUGCGCACUGCCCGAGCCCCGGGAAACGAAUGGCUGUUACCCAACAUCGAAAGAUUAAGACGGUCCUUAUCUCCAUCUGGAGGGGCCCUGAGCCCAAUGGCAAAAGACAAGACUAGGCAAGGGGACAAUUAUGACCUCAAUUAUUACAGUAAUGCUAAUCAAGAGGAGAAAGAGGAUGUAGAGGGCAAAACCACAGAAGGACGAGAAAUAAAAAUGAAUGUAGUUUUCAAGUCAGAAGAACCAAAAAAGUUCUUGGCAUAUUAUGCAAAAGAUUGCAAACCAUUUAUCUCCAAAAAGAAGCGGGAACGGUCCAUCACAGGCCUAACAAACCGAAGUCUUUUGCGCUUAGCUGAAUUCCCUGGAGACUUAAUGCUAAUGAAUCAGGAUUUUAUAUCCCGGACAGCCCACUGCAGUGAUGCAGCCAAUGCCUAA